UCAAGCAUCUUUUUCUCUGAAGGUUUUUGUGCAUCUUGAGUGAGACCUGCAACAGAGAUGGAUACUGAAGGCUUUGGUGAGCUUCUCCAGCAGGCGGAACAGCUUGCAGCUGAGACAGAAGGUAUCUCUGAGCUGCCUCAUGUAGAACGCAACCUGCAGGAGAUUCAGCAGGCUGGGGAGCGCCUGCGCUCCCGCACUCUGACCCGCACUUCCCAGGAGACUGCUGAUGUUAAGGCGUCUGUGCUUCUUGGGUCUAGAGGGCUCGAUAUAUCUCACAUUUCUCAGCGUCUAGAGAGUCUAAGUGCAGUCACUACAUUUGAGCCUCUUGAACCUGUUAAGGACACUGACAUCCAGGGAUUCCUGAAGAAUGAAAAAGAUAAUGCAUUGCUGUCAGCCAUUGAGGAGUCGAGGAAGAGGACUUUUGCUAUGGCUGAGGAGUAUCACCGAGAAUCAAUGCUGGUUGAAUGGGAACAGGUGAAACAAAGGAUUCUUCAUACUCUGCUUGCAUCAGGGGAAGAUGCUCUUGAUUUCACCCAGGAAAAUGAGCCCAGCUACACCGGUGAGUUGGGUCCUCCAGGUCGCAGCUCAUUGGACAGCGUGGAGAUGGUGUAUGCUCGUCAGAUUUAUAUUUAUAAUGAGAAGAUAGUGAAUGGACAUCUGCAGCCUAACCUGGUGGACCUUUUCGCUGCUGUUGCAGAACUAGAUGAUAAGAACAUCUCUGAGAUGUGGGCCAUGGUGAAACAAAUGACUGAUGUUACCCUGGUUCCUGCUAGUGAUGCCUUGAAAGUCCGGACCAGUAUGGAAGUGCGAAUGGAAUUUGUGAGGCAGGCUCUGCAGUACCUUGAACAAAGUUACAAAAACUACACUUUUGUGACAGUCUUUGGAAACUUGCACCAGGCUCAGCUGGGUGGUGUCCCAGGGACCUUCCAACUAGUCUGCAGCUUCCUGAACAUCAAACUCCCUGCGCCUGUCCCUGGUCUCCAGGAUGGUGAGGUAGAAGGACGUCCUGUCUGGGCACUGAUUUACUACUGCAUGCGAUGUGGAGAUUUGACUGCAGCCAUGCAUGUGGUGAAACGGGCACAGCAUCAGCUGGGAGAGUUUAAAACCUGGUUCCAGGAGUACAUGCACAGUAAAGAUAGAAGACUGUCUCCUGCCACAGAAAAUAAGCUGCGUCUUCACUACAGACGAGCUCUGAGAAAUAACACGGACCCCUACAAAAGGGCUGUUUACUGUAUUAUUGGCCGUUGUGACAUUACAGAUAACCAGAGUGAAGUUGCUGAUAAAACAGAAGAUUAUCUUUGGCUAAAACUGAACCAGGUGUGUUUUGAUGAUGAUGGUGCAAGUUCUCCACAAGACCGACUAACAUUAUCACAGUUCCAGAAGCAGCUUCUAGAAGACUAUGGUGAAUCACAUUUUGCAGUGAACCAGCAGCCUUUCCUCUACUUCCAAGUAUUGUUCUUGACAGCACAGUUUGAAGCUGCAAUUGCUUUUCUCUUCCGGAUGGAGCGCUUGCGUUGUCAUGCUGUUCAUGUUGCUUUGGUCAUGUUUGAGUUAAAAUUGCUCCUGAAAUCUUCUGGGCAGAGUGCACAGCUGUUAAGCCACGAAGCUGGUGACCCUCCUGGUGUAAGGCGUCUGAAUUUUGUGCGGCUCUUGAUGCUUUACACCCGUAAGUUUGAAUCAACAGAUCCAAGGGAAGCCCUGCAGUAUUUUUACUUUCUCAGGAAUGAGAAGGACAGCCAAGGAGAGAACAUGUUCUUGCGUUGCGUUAGUGAAAUAGUAAUUGAAAGCAGAGAGUUUGAUAUGAUUCUUGGAAAGUUGGAAAACGAUGGGAGUAGAAAGCCUGGAGUGAUAGACAAGUUUACAAGUGACACAAAACCCAUUAUCAAUAAAGUUGCUUCUGCAGCAGAAAAUAAAGGAUUGUUUGAAGAAGCUGCAAAACUGUAUGACCUUGCAAAGAACCCUGACAAAGUUCUAGAAUUGAUGAACAAGCUCCUCAGUCCCGUCAUUCCCCAGAUCAGCACCCCCCAAUCAAACAAGGAGCGGUUGAAGAACAUGGCCCAUUCAAUUGCUGAGAGGUACAAAGCUCAGGGGAUAAGUGCAAAGAAAUCCGUUGACUCCACGUUCUACCUUCUGCUAGACUUAAUCACAUUUUUUGAUGAAUAUCACGCUGGUCAUGUUGACAGGGCCUUUGAUAUUAUUGAACGCCUAAAGCUUGUACCUCUUAGCCAAGAUUGUGUAGAGGAGAGAGUUGCUGCCUUCCGGAAUUUCAGUGAUGAAAUCAGACACAACUUAUCUGAGGUCCUGCUUGCAACUAUGAAUAUUUUAUUCACCCAGUAUAAGAGGAUGAAAGGCACAAGUCCAGCCACUCCUACCAGACCCCAACGGGUAAUGGAAGACAGAGAUUCGGCAGAGAUAGCAGCGAGCCCAGACUGCAGUGCUGGAAACCGUGGCUGCAACAACAGCCCUGACACAGAUGCCGUGAGUGCCUGACAGCAAUGUCAUCUGCUCCCCACCCCGAUUCGGGGUGGCAAACUCUCUGGAGCAGCCCAAGGGCAUUAUCUGAGAGGCAAAAUUAGGUCAUGAAGAGAAUGGAAUUGUUUUUUUUAUUUGUGGUUUUAUUUUAAAUCACAAGUGACUCUAAUAUUCAUGAAGUAAUUACAGCCAAUAGAACAUCUAGACCUCCAGGCUGCUCUUAACCUCAGCAAACCUCUGUUUGUUCUUCCUCAAGUGUUGUUUCGAUUUUUAAAAAUAGACUAGCUUUAGUAUCAUUGCUGCCACAAAGUAAAGGGAAUAGUAACUGAGGCUGCUCCUAAGCCUGCCAUAGUCACAGUGAGAGGUUUCACUUCUUAAUAUUUUAAUUCCAAAGAGUCAGACACCUUGACAUUCCUUUUUUUUCCCACCUACCUGUUUGACCUUGUUAACUAGGUGGUAAUUUGCAGCUGGGGAAAUCAUCCUGGGAGCUUUGGGCAAUUGGGUCAGUCCCAAGUUUUCUGCUUACUCCAGAGGCACUGCUGAUGUGACGUGCUGCCUCCUGACAUUCCUCAGCUGCAGUGCUUAAGGAAGGGAGGAGUGGCUUCCAUUCUUAUUACUCCUCUGCAGCUCCAGGUAUCCAUCCCUCCAUCCACAAAUCCUCAGCCACACAGGAAUACAGUGCAAGAUGGGAACUCUGCUCUGUAUUUCGCCAGGCCACUGGACUUUGUAGACAGUCACAGCUUUCCUUCAAACAGAUAAUGGAAAUGGAGCAUUAAAUGGCUGUGAGCUCAGGGCUAAAGAAAACUUCAUUUCCUGCCCCAUGUGUAAAGUUGACUGUCUUUUGCCCAGUUGAAGCAGUAGCAUUUAGACAGUGCUUGAAACAAGCAGAUGAGCAUUUCCACUAUCAGCUGCCAAAGCUCCUCUGCUGCUAUUGAGUAACUGACUGGUUUAACAUUACCCUGGAAAAGGGGUAGAAUUGCCCAGACGGGCCUCGGGAAUGGUGUUUAUAACUGUGCCCAGCCAUGUAAUGGGCUUCGGUCACUUCUCCAUUUGUAAGCUCCUGCUGUCAGAUUUACCGUCCGCAUGCCUGCAGCACCUAACUCUGCUCUAGCUUUCCCUGCAGUCAGUAGAUUAAAGAAAGAUUUGACCAGCAGGAUCUUCUAGUGCAGUAAUUUAGAGAUGCUUAACAUUUAAGAAGAAAAUACUGUGAGCAAUCAAAACAGUCUGCGUAGUUUUCCAUAGGGAUACAGGCUUUUUAUGUUGUCCUGACAUCUACCAGUUACAGAAAUGAUUUUCCUUUUAAUUUACUUGUGUUUUAACAAACUAGACAAAUUAUCCCUGAAUUCCUUCCGCUAUUGUGUAGCCUUCUCAAGAAGGGAUUUGGUUACUUUAGGCAAAGGUCUCCAGGUGUUCUUAAUUCAUCUGCUUUCAUCACACUAUGGAAUGAAGAGCCUUUAAAGAUGUUCAUGUGUUGUAGGGGAUGCUGGAGGCCUCUGGGCAUGUGUGGCACCACAGGUUUGUUUCUGGUAUCUGCUUUAAGAGUGUUAGUGCUGCCUUUCAGCAGGGUUUGCUUUAGACUUUGCAAGGUGGGAAGGAGUCCUGUUGCCGUGGGAAAGCCCACUUCAUACAGAAAUGACAAGAUUGCUGCAGUACAGCAACACCCCACAUUGUUGAAAAUGUUCUUUCCUGGGUAAUUUUAAAUCCAAACGUGGAGGUACAUUAUCCAGAGAGCAGCUCUGAGAAAUAAAGGUUAUGUUUGCUUGUGUGAAAAGGCAAAUGUUUAACUCAUGUCUACCUCUGGUUUCCUUGUGGAUUUUUUGAUGCUAAAGUAACAGUACU